GGCAGCUGUUCCGGGCAAUACGCAGGGUUGCCGAGGAGCUUUAGUGUGAGCUCGGCAGCAUCCAGUGAGAACGAUGAUCUUAAAGAGCUUAUUAGAGCUGCAUCUGUUAGGAGUUUGGGUCAUAUGAAGGAAGUGGAGAUGCUUUUUCAACAACAACGAUCGAGGGUGCAAAUGGGGUUGCCAAAGAGCUGCAGUGUUGCAAUGGGAAGAAUUGAUGAAGAAAACCCUUGUGAAUUUGAAGAAAACGAGGGUGUUGUGGAUAAGAAGCGAGAUUUGUUGUAUCCGAGAAGCAAAAGCUAUGGUGUCACAAAAGCAAGUCCUUUUGAUUCCUAUUGAUUAUGUAAUAGCAUUUAAGGGGGAG